UCGGCAUACCGCCCUGCGAACAAGGCCAGAUGCUAGACUGCGAAAAGGAUUUCAUGGAAUUUCUCCUCACGCUUCCUGCCGAGCCGCCCACAACGUCGAAGUCUUUAGAGCGGACGAGAAAGCUCAGCAAAAGCCCAAAGACAAAACCCAAGGUCGGCCUGGAUCACUUGGACAACCUUUGCAAGCUUAUGGAACAGCUUGGUGAUUUGAAAGAGCAGAACCAUAAACUUCUAAGGCGCGUCCAAUACUUGGAAGAUAUGAAGGACCUACAUGACAUGCAGAAACUGUUAGAUCCUGUGUACGGCCUUGAGGAGCGCAGGGCAUCCUAUCGCACCCCGAGUCCAGGAGGGGGCUCUGCCACGCAGGAACUAGGAGUGCUCGAUGAUGGUGUGCACAAGAGCAGCACGCAAGUUGUACUUCGCUCCAGAGGACGCUGCCGAUCGCGAGAAAGAAGCAAAUCUGUGGGGACACAGGACGACUACGCCGACUCUAGGAGCAUGAAGAGCAAGCGGUUUCCUAACUGGUCCAAAGUCAAAGAAGCCUUGGGACUCGAGCGGUCGGCGGCCGAAUGCGAAGGCCCUUCCAAAGGCAUUCUCGUGCGGACAAGCCCAUCGGAUGGCGUUUUCAUUCAGGACGAAGGCCUCGGUGUCCCAACCACAGAAAGGUGGCCUGCACAUUGGGAUGCUGAUAGCUCCGAUCUCCCACCGCAGUCUUGCUCUUGGUCGGAAGAGAGCUUUCCUGGCAGGUUGCACGGCGAAGUCCUCAGAGCAGGCAGCACGGCACAUGGAAAUCUACGACCAGGGGAGCCUGUGCGCCGCAAGUCUUCUCCGAUCUCGCCAAGCGGCGUAAGAGACACAUGCAAGAAGACAGUUUUGGACUCCAAAUGUCACUGUCACUUAGACUCGGAUUCAUUGUACCCGGACGUUGGUGACUCAUACGGAUCAAGAGAACUCUGCAAAAAAGUUCCCAAAAGCACAUGGGGCAGAGUGAAAAACUUAAUUCAGACUGGGCGCGAGACCGUCAAGAGACAGCCACCUUCGCGGACAGCCAAGCAUGGCGCUUUACCGACGCAACCUCGGACCGACUUGAGGGUCGGCUCGGACCUUACAAACAGUGGCGCCCCCAGUGAUCCAGAAGACAGUUCAACAUCGCGAGGAAGAGAAGUCCGAAGACGUAAGGUCUCUGACCAACUCGGUUCGUCAUCGAGGAACUCAAGAGCUUCGGAUGAUCUGCAGUUCUUGCCAACUGAACACUCGAAAUCACAAUCUCAUAUACAAUGUAUAGCUAAUCACCUUGAGGUCGAUAGCGAGACUAACCGAAAGUUGAGGCUUCAGCAGCAAGUUUCAUGCCCUUCCGAGCACGAGGUAUCAAAACUCACCCUCGCUGCUUCAGAGAGAUGCAAUGUGCCAUCUCCACAAUCACCUCAGUCGCAGCGAAAGUCUCGCUGGAACCGCGUAAAGAAGGUCUUCUCAGGGGCUACUCAGGAUAAAAAGGAGGACGAACCACCCGGUGCCUCUAACCCAUCUAGUCCCCUGUCUACAACAUUGGUCUUCGAUUUCGACGACUUAGGUGCAGGUGAAGGUGAACGGUCAGCUCCUCGACGCUCUGAAGACGCUUCCGAGCCGUCCUUGAGCAAUGCGGCGUCGUUGUGUCACUCGUCCACGGCACCUGUGUCAAAUCUGGUUCAAGAGCUUCAACGAAACCUUAGCGAGGACUUCAACCAGAAGAUACUAGAAUGGGAAAGAAUGAAAGCUGCGAAGUCUGGCAGAAGCCCGAGGCCUCUCCGCAAGCUCUCUGCUCCCCACCGUCCUGCUGUGGCAGCUAGCAAAGGCACCCCGCGAGAUAAAACCAAGGGACCACGCCCGGACAAGAAAAAGGACCUUACCUGGGUGAACCGCGAGCUGCAAAAAAUGGAACGCGAGAAGGAGCGACUCUCUCGAGAAACGCACAAAUUUCAGGAGCGCUCAGUCCGCUUACACAGGCUUCGACAGGCACUCCUGAAUGCACCGGCAAGCAGCAAUGAGGUGCUUGUGCGAACAUCUGCUGGAGAAUUUCGAUUCGAGGGGAUUUCGAACGCUUUUACCAAAAAGUUGUAUGAGUGGGAAACCAAGAAGGGCGUCGUUCCCGAAUUCUCCACCAUAGCUUUGCUUGACGCCAGUCUGCAGACGACGGGCCGGAACGGAGACAAAUCGGCAACUAGUAAUGUUCGCGUCCUUUCGAAAUCGGACUCUAGUGUGGCUGAGCCCAACAAUAUACUGCAGUCACGAGCUUCAACAAGCUCUUUGCCUUCAAUGAAGCCUGAUACUCUUUUGGUACCCGAAGAAAAAAAAGAGAUUUCCCGCUCUCGCGCAAACUCUGAACCGGAACUGUGCAGCUCUAGUAACAAAAAUGGCUGUGCCGCCUCCAGACCCCGAACCGUCAGUGUUGGAUCUGGUGAGGCGAGUUUUGCGCAUCCAGGAGUGACAUGGCUUAUUGACAGCGGUUCUGGAGAAAUUGACGAUCAAUUCGACUCGAAGCCUUCCCAAGGGGCAAGUGAGACGAAGCAUGCAGAGGAGAGUUAUUAUACGCUUCUGGAGGAAAACAUGCUUCUGCUAGAACAGCUAAGAGCCAAAGAAAAUGUCUGCGCACGCCUAGAAGCCAAUCUUGAACGACUUGAUGAGCGUCUGGAAUUGAUGGCCUCUAGACACAGAGAAGAAAUUGAACGCUACCGGGAGAGUCUGUGGAAUGCACACCGGCCAGCGGGUGCCCAAAAAGGCUCCUUGGCAUCCGUGAAGGCUGUUGCAGACUUCCGCUACCGGUUGGAGGACCUCGAGAGGUGCAACUACCGCCUUCAAGAAGAGCGAAAAGCGUUACAGGAAACCAUCCGCACGCACAGCCAGGAGCAGGCGGCUCUAAUAUGGGACAUCGUCGACAAGGUCAAAGAACUUCAAGCACUCAACACAGACAUUCACAACAGUGACGCGGACGGCCGGAGGACGUCUUUGAUGCGGCUCGAUGCAGACGGCUUGGCGCGCAUUCAACAGCUCUCCGAGCAGCUUCUACAGUCGGCGCAGCUCCUGGAGGCCGCUGUGGCGGAACGCUCGAGCCAAGUUUGCCAGCUUCGCAGGGAACUCCUUAUGUGUGAGCUGGCUUCCGCUGGCCGUGGUGCCAUCAAGCCUCCCAGGUCACUACGGACCCUGCGCUCCGCUAGUGACGGUGUACUCGGGGCUGUUCGAAGUCUGCAUUCGGACGAGGGCACGAGCAAAAGCGGCCUCCGCAUAAGCUCCACGUCACCGGCUGUGGAGCGAGGACCCGGGCCAUCGGUUCAGCUCAUGGAGACCGUGCACAAGCUGCGCUCCGAACUGCUGCGCCUAUUCGCAUCACAUGGUAUCAGCUCGGCUUUAGGCGAGGCUCACACCGAUACAGCUGCUUCACUUGGCUCGUCAAUGCAUCAGAUGGCCGACAGUACCGACAUAAGCCGUCGCCCAAACGGUUUUCGAGAGAAUGCUCGCCACUCGCUGGCCUCCUCGUCCGAGAGCCCAUCCCACAGGUCGGCUCCUGAGGCGCUGGCCUCGGGCCACGACGGCAGCGAGAGUUCCAGCAUCAACGACAGCGAGCACGUGGCUCUGGGCCUGCGGCUGCCACGCAGCUGUUUGGCACGUGCACGGGACACCCUGUCCACCUCGUCGGACAGCUCGUGCUUGGAGGACGACUCAUUUACGCGGAUGGCUCUGAGUGGUGGUGGAGCCCGGCGCCUGGGCGAGUCGCACGACUGGCGCCACCUCGAGAGAGACCAUGAACUAGAUCGUCGCGUGAGCUGCUGUGGCGACUACGAAGAUGACGUCUUCAACGAUCCCUCGUCGACCUCUAGCCUUGAGGUUGCAUACAACUUUACUUGGAAGAGCCAUGAUCGUCGUGGCCCGAGUACUACACAUAAAGAUAAGUCUAACACGACAGAUCUACAGACCCGUCUCAGUGACGACCUAGCCCCUUCGUUCCCACAACAAAAAGUCCGCUCGCAUUCGCCCACAGGCUGCAACGACAGAAAUGAAACAGUUGAAAUGAAAGACGGGUGCCUUAGCAACAGCCCACAUCAUAUCUCGUUAUGCCUCAGUGACCAUGAUCGUGCAAAGACCGAUCGAGGUUCCCUGUCUGAUGCAACAGAAAAAAACUACGACUCUGCUUGUAUGUCGAAAGUAAGCAGACGCUACAGAAAAGAACAUACGUUCACUGAUCACGAGCGUGACCCAUCAGACUUGCGGAUUCCGCAAGAACCUUGUCAUUCUGAAACUCCAAGAAGCCAAAAGUCCUCAGGCAGCACAUCUUCGAGUCUACCGAGCCCUUCGUGGGACUCUAGCCACAAAAGUUCGCUGACGUCAAGCAGGCAUGGACAAAGUUCUUACUACAUUCCACAUACUUCUAUGGCAGUCCCAGUGGCGCUGCCACGGAGCACACAGGAGCUUGCUUCAUCAAGACAAGAAGUCACUGCUUUUCUUUCUGCAACCGACAGUUCGCCCUCUCCCUGUCAUGACUCAACUGCUGCUAACUUAAAUGUGCUUUUAGAACAGAAUCAGAGGCUGGAAUUUUCCCGUGAAGAUGCAACGACGCAGCAUCGGAAGUCGAGGCAAGAGUCCACGGAAAAAAGCUUUCUUUCUCUUAGGCUCCGUAGGCCGAAAAAGAAGGACUACUCUGCGAUCGGGCAACUCUGCAGACAAACUUUGCCCCUCUCAGUUAGUGAUGACACCGAAUCUCCCCCGGAAGCACUCAAUGCAGUAUUAGAGAGAUCGUCGUCGCCAGUUACAGCAAGACCACGUUCAUUCAGUAGAACGAAGUGGCUGCCUCUUUUCGUAACCAAAUCAUAAACUUGGCAAAGAACGCAGUGUCAGUAAUAACGGCGAUGCGUGUACCACAUUUUUGCUGCCCCUUCAAUGCCUAUGCAUUUUUUAAGGGCCAUGCGCUCCCAGUACCGUCCAUGCAGCAGUGACGUCGAAAGUAAAGCAUUUAAGUGCGAAAUAUUUCGACUUUGACGCCGCCUCAUUUCCCUCAUCAAUAAAGAAAAAAAUAAACACGUCACGAAGAAUAUAUUUAAAGCUACACAAUGUUUUGUACGAAAUCGUUAUUUCUCUUACCCCUUCCUCCUUUCCCAUAAAAAACAAACAUACAGAGUACUGCUGAAUUCCUCUUUUGUCUCACUGAAGCUUCUUUCCUGAACAUUUUUUUUCUUGAUGUUGUCGUUCAUUGCACAUAUUCGCUCGUUGCGCCGACAGUAAAGGUGUGCGUCAUAAGAAAA